UCAGCGCGAGCUUUUCCGAUAAACUCCGACUUGAACCGUACAUACGCGAAAGAAGCCGAGCUGGACCGGAGCUGUCCGGAACAUCCGGCUCUAGCUUCUCAACAUAAACAGCAAUGGCGGAGGCAGCAGUAGCGUCUACGGCGAGUUCACCAGUAACAGGAGGUUGGACCAAACACGUAACCUGCAGAUACUUCAUGCAUGGUUUGUGCAAGGAAGGAGACAACUGUCGAUACUCGCACGAUCUGAGCAGCAGCAAACCAGCAGCCAUGAUCUGCAAGUUCUUUCAGAAAGGAAACUGUGUGUUUGGAGACCGCUGCAGGUUCGAGCACUGUAAACCAACAAAGAACGAAGAGUUGCCGACCUCCCAGACGCUGCCGCUGCCCUCCGCCUCGCUGGUUGGCCCGUCAGACCCAGAACCCAGUGGGUCAACAGGGGCACAAGACUGGGUCAAUGCUGCGGAGUUUGUUCCCGGACAGCCAUACUGUGGACGAGCCGAGCCGGUGAAGGUGGAGAGCUCCGGCCCUCUCAUUGAGGAGUUUGACAGUGACGCAGCACCGGCUAACAAAGAAUUGAGGAAGCAGCUCUGUCCAUACGCUGCGGUCGGAGAGUGCCGCUACGGAAUCAACUGUGCCUAUCUCCACGGUGAUGUGUGUGACAUGUGCGGCCUCCAAGUGCUCCACCCCACUGACAACGCCCAGCGCUCUGAGCACACUAAGGCGUGCAUUGAGGCCCAUGAGAAAGACAUGGAGAUUUCAUUUGCCAUCCAGCGCAGCAAGGACAUGAUGUGUGGUGUGUGUAUGGAGGUGGUGUUUGAGAAGGCUAACCCAAGCGAGCGCCGUUUUGGCAUCCUCUCCAACUGCAGCCACUGCUACUGUCUAAAGUGCAUUCGCAAGUGGAGGAGUGCCAAGCAGUUUGAGAGCAAAAUCAUCAAGUCUUGCCCAGAGUGUCGAAUCACAUCCAACUUUGUCAUCCCAAGCGAGUACUGGGUGGAAGACAAGGACGACAAGCAGAAACUCAUCCAGAAAUACAAGGACGGCAUGGGGAGUAAACCUUGUCGAUACUUUGACGAGGGCCGUGGAACGUGCCCCUUUGGCUCAAAUUGUUUCUACAAGCAUGCCUACCCCGAUGGACGGCUGGAGGAAGCUCAGCCCCAGCGAAGACAGACCGGAUCCAACAGCAGGAACCGGAACUCGAGGCGAACACCGCUGUGGGACAUCUUUGACGAACGGGAAAGCACUGACUCCUUUGACAACGAGGACGAGGAGAUGGUGACGUUCGAGCUGAGUGAGAUGCUCCUCAUGCUGCUCGCCGCGGGGACCGACGACGAGGUGACAGAUUCAGAGGACGAGUGGGACUUGUUUCACGAGGAGCUGGACGAUUUCUAUGAGAUUUACCUAUAGCAGCCCCACACACUAACCCCCACCCCCACCCCACCCUCGCCUCUCCCCACCUGUAUACUAGACACUAGAAUGGACUGUCUUGUGCGAGUGAUGGACAGUAGCUUCUUCCCCACCCCAUGUAUUGUGGCAGUGCCUUUAAGCAGGCCAUUAAUAAAUUAACUUCUAAAAGAUAAAAAAGCAAAAAAAAGUCCACCACGUCAGUGCGCUCGUGCUAAACAUUUUCUAGACAUCUAUCCUCGUGAGUCUAUCUUGUGCGGUUCAUGUUAAGAGGUAAAAUAAUAAAAUGACAAAAAGAACUCAAUAUAAGAUUUAACAGAAAUUAUAACGUUCUUCAAAUAUUGCUAAUAAACAUUGUCAAGUUUAUUUGUGGGUGUGGGUUUGACUUGUUUAUCAUCUACCCAGGUGUAAAAUAUACUUCUGAGACUCUAAGGAUGCACUCAAACUUACUCAGCACCAUUUACUGUAACCGUGAUGGGCAUGUUGUAAGAUUUUACUUACGGUUUUUUGAAGGCCGGAACUUCUGUUUGUUUUUUUUUUGUUUGUUUUUUUUGUUUUUGUUUUUCUUUAUUAAAGCUGCUGAUAGCCAAUAUAUUGUGCUGAUGUUUAAUACAUUUACCAUAAUCCUUUUCAUGUUGUACUGAGAAGUAUUUAAUGUGUCCCCUACAAAUCUCUACUUGCGUUUUUCAGGGUUAAAGAGUUUUUCACGAGGUAUUUAGAACAGAGUGCAGCCAAAUUUUAGGUUUGUCAGCGUGUAAAGAAAAAUCUUAGUGUAAAUGACAUGAGGAUGUUUAAAUAGAAUAUGACCGUUCCACAAAGGCAGAGGGAAAACCACAUGUGGCCCUGGUUUUCCAGCUGAAAGCACUUCUUUUUCUCACACUGUGUAACCUCUUUGUACACAAAAUGUAUUUAGACAACUUCAAAUCUUUUUCUACUCGUUCAUGAACUUCAACAUCUCAUACAGUUUUUUUUUUGGUUUUUUUUUUUUUUCACAUUUUUACCAAGGCUGAUCUCCAAACACGAUUUGGACUGAAAUUUCUCAGGCGCACUACUUUACGCCCACACAGUGCUCAGUGCUGCCAGUGGUAACAAAAUGGUGGUCAGCUUUCUGUAUCUUCCAGCUACUAGUGGCAGCACUGCAGACACACAUACACACACACGCACACACACACCUGUGCACCUGUUGAAAUAUUGUGGGAAAUGUACUGCUCUGAAUGAAGAAUGAAUCUCAUGUGCUGUGAAGUGUGCUGUCAGAGUAACAGUCCACUUUGGCUCCAAACAGUUAAACGGACAAAAUCAACUGUAUUUGAACACUUUUCCCGUCCACCAUCCUGAAUCUCAGCAUCCACCAACACCUGUGGUACCCAGAGGCAAGUCCCUCCUCAAAGCCAGGUUAAAGAGUCCACAUUUGUGAUUACAAAGUCUUCAGCAGACUUGCAGUGCAGAGAAUCAUGGAGCUGAGAUCCUUCAUUUCCCACAGUCCCUGUGUGAAGUGUACAUUCACUGUUUUCUGUUGGCUUCACUGAGUAAUGCAUAUUGAGCUUUGCUGCUGAGAUGCUCAUCCACAGACUCCUGAUCGCUGGUCUCAACCUGUUGAACUCCAUUGGAAUGCAUAUGUUUAUACUGAAAUGUGUGUUUUCUAUGUUCCACAGCCAUCCAUCUUAACUUGAAAUUAAAGUUUAUUAUCAAUCUCU